AAAAAGAUUGACCGUUCCUAAAGUGAAACCGGACGGUUUAGACUAUUUUAUAGGUAUAUAAUGUUUUUUUCCCAUACAACGCUAUAAGUUAUUAAACACGUUAAAAUAGUUAUUACGCAUAUUUAGUGUGUGUAUGUAUCUGAUUUGUGGUUCAUUUGCGUUUUUGUUUGAUCGUUUCGGUUGUUUGAAAUCGGAUUUGUCGUCGUGCCCCCCCCUCCUGUUUCGGUGAAAUGGUAGGUCUUAGUGGUAAGCCACGCCCACCCGUGGCGGGUGAUUCUGUGCUUGAGAAUGGACGCGUUAUUGUGGAGGUGUGCGCGUGGGGCAGAGGCGUAAUGGCGAGGAAACGAAGCAGAAAUAACACAAGAUAUAAGACUAAUAACCGGUCGAUAAAGUGAUGAGAGCGUAUUUGAAGGUCUAUUUUCGGAGACUCAUGGAGUUACGCAACGCGACGCGGAGGCAGUCGGUGUUGAGGAGCGGGAGGCGAGGCUGCAGGAGAUCCGCCAGCGCGACGGAGCAGGACGCGGGGAAAGUGCUGAGGUCGCUGCUGCUGCACGGGAACGAGACCGGUGACGCGACCGCUGAAGAGGCCUGCUUCGGCCCGGCCGCGUCAAUGCGGACGGGCCUCAACCGUGCCGGCGUGGUCAUAGCACCUCGUUACAGCCUGCUCCGCGAGGUCGGCCGCGGAAGCUACGGCGUCGUCUACGAGGCCGUGGCGCGGAGAUCCGGCGCCCGCGUGGCCGUCAAGAAGCUCCGUUGCGACGCGCCAGAGAAGGUCGAGCUGGCCCUGGCCGAGUUCUGGGCCCUGGCGUGCUUGGAGAAGAAGCACGAGAACGUCAUCCAGCUGGAGGAGUGCGUCCUGGAGAGGAACGGCAUGGCGCAGAAGAUGAGCCACGGAAACAAGAGAUCCAAGCAGUAUUUACGACUCGUGGAAACUUCAUUGAAAGGCGAGCGUAUCCCCGGUUAUCCCGAGGAACCGUGCUACCUCUGGUUUGUAAUGGAGUUCUGCGAAGGUGGCGAUCUUAACCAGUACAUCCUGUCACGACGGCCCAACCCGCAAACCAACAGGAGCUUCAUGAAGCAGCUGACCAGCGCCGUGGCCUUCCUGCACAAGAACAACAUCGUCCACCGCGACCUCAAACCCGACAACAUCCUGAUCUCGCAUAAGUACGGCUCGCCCGUCAUCAAGGUGGCCGACUUCGGUCUGAGUAAGGUGUGCGCGGGCCUCGGGUGCGUGGAGCGCGGGUCCGAGGGACACGUCGAAAAAAACGUCAACGUCAACAAGUUCUGGCUGUCGUCGGCAUGCGGGUCAGACUUCUACAUGGCGCCCGAGGUAUGGGAGGGCCACUACACGGCCAAGGCAGACAUAUUCGCACUCGGCAUCAUCAUUUGGGCUAUGCUCGAGCGGAUCACGUUUAUCGAUGGCGAGUCGAAGCGUGAGCUCUUGGGCACGUACAUCCGUCAAGGCACCGAGAUCAUGCCAGUGGGCGAGGCCCUGCUUGAGAACCCCAGGAUGGUCCUGCAUAUCCCACAGAAGCCACGUAGCUCAAUGUCCAACGCCAUCCAAAGGCUCCUGUAUGACAUGUUGGCUGUUAACCCGGAGGACCGACCAGACGCUUUUCAGCUCGAGCACAGGGCGGAACAAGUCACAUGUGCCACAUGAACCAGACCAGUCGAAUUCCAAGCUGAAUUUCAGCGUGUCAAAUACUUGCAAUUCGUGCCGGAUCCCCACAAUGUCAAAACGGCGACAUUCGAGUUGGAUCUUUGAGAAGAGGUCGAAGUCAGCAGCAGCCAAAUCUGGCGAGUAGGGUGGGUGAAACAGUGAGAUCAUGUUUGUUACGUGAGAGGAGAGCUUGGUAACAGGGUAUCCCACGUGAUUAGCAUCAGCUGCACAGCUCCCGUUGCACACAGGAUGAUGUCUUUUGGCACACUGACUUAUUAAGUUCGGUGCUCCCUGUGACUGUGCGUGCAGCCUUGUGCUGCCAUCUGUUGGCGUGUUACAAAACAAGUCUCCAAACUUUUUGAUACCAACUCGUUUGUCACUAUUUGUCUGUCGGAUGUUGAAAAACUAAGCAAAGCACUGAACUGUAUGGUGCUGAGAAUUUCUGCAUGGCUUUUAGCCUUGUACACACUUUAGUGAUACUUGACCACUUUUUAAAAAAGGUGUGCUACACCACAUCGUUCCUGUAAGGUUAGCCAUCCUGCACAGGCCGAGGGCAUGACUGGGACUUGAGUCAGAUUUCUACAGACCAGCGUUAAUCUUUGCUAGACUGCACACGUCUGCCCGAGAUUUUUCCACUUGACAUCCUUUUGACAUGUGCGUCUUUUAUGCUUUCGCCUAUUCCGGAAUUUCUGGUGCCGCCCUCCUUUGUGUAUCGUCUUAAUUAAUUUCAGAAUGCUGAUGGCUGCAGGGGCAGAGUGUUUUUGCCAGGAUUCGCCCAGCUCCAUUGAACGUUGUUGACAUUUUUCACGUGUGAUCAGAUAAACUCGACCUGACACCUUUUGUACAGAAGAACAGACUCCCACAUGAUUUUUCACUUUACAUCCCUGAGAUCUAGAUUAGCAUUACUAGCCUGUAUGAGACACGGCGGGAAAAAAAAAUGGAUGGUGUAAGGUUAUUACCCAAGCAUGCAGGACAGACAGACUUAUACCCUUCACACAGUGACUGUCAGCACACAGUGCUCCUUUAUCACAAGGAUGAAGUCAUGAUAUCUCGAGUAUCAAGAAAAACCUGCGGAAAAAUACGAGGUCCUGGGGGACUCAUUGAUCCAGCAAACAUGCUGCUAUUUACUAGUUAGCUUCAAAAUGUAUGUUUCUUGAACUUUGUGAAUGCUUGCUAGCCAAAAAGUUGCACGUUUGUCAUCAGUAGCAUGCUGAUGAAAAUAGUUCGCUGGACAGUGUGUUUACGCAGCUACGUUCACUCGCACCCUGGUAUAUAGGGCAUUUAUAUAUUUGCCCUACUCCCCCGUCUUCAUGCCCCUCAGUACUAAGAUGGAUUCGACCAUCAGCCAAAACAAAGCUGUCUGUUCACACAGGGAGGGGUCCCGAGACAGGGGAUUUGAGUCUUCCCACCCUCAGAUAAUAUGACAGGGUUGUGGGUAAUUGCCCCGCCCCAUUUUCUCAAACCCGCUCCCGCUUCUCCACCACUGUGAGACGCCACUGAGCGCUCGCGCCUGGAACAUUCUGUCCUCACGCAGUCGGAUUCGUUGUGUAUAGGACACGCCACUGGCUCAAACCCCAGGCUUUAUCUGGGGCUUAUUGAGGGAUCUACAGUGACAUACUCGAUGCAGAAAACAGAUCCAUGGCCUGUGGGAGGGGUGCACUUUUAUAACAGCUUUUCUUUUAGACUUUCGUCUUCUUUGCCAAGAAUCACAGGUUGCAUAUACAAGGAAUUUGUUGUUGUGCUGGUGCUAUAAAAAAAUAAAAAUUAGGAAAAUAAAUAAUAAAGAGAAAGUUUGUGCAGGGUAUGUAAAGUGAGGCAGUGCAACAGUUCAUGUAGGUGAGAUCGGUUUAGCAGUUUAUCAUCAUAUUAUUGGUCAUAGAGGAUAUUUAGUUAUUUCAUUUAAACUUGGAGAAAGAGGGUUGGGAUAUAAAAAUUCACUCGAAAUUGUUCAUUCGUAAAUUAAUUCAUUCAUGAUGAAUAUGAUCCAUCUAUUAAUCAGGAAAUUUGUAGCAAGAAAAGAAUCGCUUAGCCUUGAUUUUUUAGAAUCUCGCCCAAUAGAAUGUAGUCGUCGGAUUAACGAGACUUCAUCAAUUAUACGAAUGAUGAUCAUGUUCAGUAACACUUGUAAUAAUAAAGUUGAAUAUCAUAGAAAAGCAUUUCGCUGUUAUACUCUGUAUGAAUAUGUAUGUGACAAAUAAAAUUUGAAUUUGAAUAUUGAAAAUUAUGCGCAUACUGAUCAGGCAGGACAAUUUUCUUUAUCCCUAUUAUUAUUAUUAUUAUUAUUAUUAUUAUUAAUUUGAGUAAAUAGUCAAAUUAAAAAGAUAUAAAAUCGAGAAAUAUAAGUUGUGCUGAAAUUGUAUGUAACAUCUCUGGUUCCUGAGAAAAAUCCCUCUUGUU